UUGAGAUGAAGCAUAGAGGAUGUGUGUUUUAUUCAUCCGUCGCAGCUCGUAGUCCUAAAAAUUCAUCAGAAUCGCGUUUGACAUCGAUCAGCUUUUGGCUCGAUCUGAUCUGAGGAGCGUUUCCGGAUUAGUCUCGAACAAACAGCUCGUAAUUUGGGGUAAUCUGCAUUGCUUGCAUCCUACCGAGCGGGUCCACAUCACUAACGAGAGCGCGCGCUAUUUUCAUUGAAUAAAAAAAAAAUCUGCUUUUUUGACGUUUCAUUUUAUAAUAAAGGUCAAAAAAGCAGAAAGUGGACUCUAAUGCUUUGCAUUUAAAGUCCCAGUCUGCUUUGCGCGUCAUGCAACGGCGAUGCUGCGGUAUGGGAGCGGGGAAAUAGCUGAAGGUGAUGGACAAUGUGCUGUCUAGAGGCUCCAAUAAGCCAGCGGCGCUCCUGGUCCUGAAUGCAGCGGAGAGAGACACCUAAGCGGGUGUCACCGUCAGCCCUGGAUGCUGCGAAGAAGGAUGGGAUACGCCGACCCAUCGUCGGGUAAAGACAUACUCGGCAACAGAUCUCUAUGUUUUAUAUUUAUUUGCGCAUUUGGACUCGUCACACUAUUGCAGCAGAUUCUCUAUGGGAAGAACUACAUUAAGAGUGCGCAACAGUUUAGCCGACUCAAAGGGGACGAGACAGGAAAUUGGACCGGUCCCGUUAAUUUCUCGGAUGACGGAGCUGUGAAGCCUGCCAGAAAUGGAAGGAAAAGGUAUCUGGAAAACUAUGAUGGCUCCUUUGAAUACAACUCAACAGCAUGUAGGGAGCUCAGACAGGAGAUCAUGGACAUCAAAGUCUUGACAAUAAACUUUAAUCGGAAAAUACAUGGCCAUGGGUAUCCUCCCUUAUCCCACAAGUCUCUCUGCCUGUCUGCCAGGGUGAAAACAUCAGAGCUGUUUGAGAGAUGGCGGAACCUGCAGGUGUGUAGGUGGGAGCAGAACAAAGAGGAGACCAGCAACUUCAAGAUGUCCCUGUCUCGCUGCUGUAACGCUCCCUCCUUUCUAUUCACCACCAAGAGGAACACUCCUGCAGGGACCAAACUGAGGUACGAAGUGGACACCAGCGGUAUCCUUCCCAUCACCACAGAGGUGUUCAAGAUGUUCCCUGAUGAUAUGCCGUAUUCGAAAUCACAGUACAAGAAAUGUGCUGUUAUUGGAAAUGGUGGCAUCAUCAAGAACAGCAAAUGUGGGAAAGAAAUUGACUCAGCUGAUUUUGUGUUUAGGUGCAACAUACCUCCCAUUAAUGAGAAGUAUACCGCUGAUGUUGGCACUAAGACGGAUCUGGUGACGAUAAAUCCAAGCAUUAUCACUGAGAGAUUUCAGAAGCUGGAGAAAUGGCGGCGGCCUUUUUACGAAGUCCUCCAGAAUUACGAGAACUCCUCUGUAGUGCUUCCUGCCUUCUACAACACCCGCAACACCGACGUAUCUUUCAGAGUCAAGUACAUGCUGGACGACUUCGACUCCCAGAGGGGCGUCUUCUUCUUCCACCCGCAGUACCUUCUCAACGUGCAGCGUUUCUGGGCUGUGCAGGGCGUCCGAGCCAAGCGUCUCAGCAGCGGUCUGAUGUUGGUAACCGCCGCCUUGGAGAUGUGCGAGGAAGUCCACCUCUACGGCUUCUGGGCAUUCCCCAUGAACCCCUCUGGCAUCUUUAUUACCCACCAUUACUAUGAUAACGUCAAGCCACGUCCGGGCUUCCAUGCGAUGCCUCAUGAAAUUUUUAACUUCAUUCACAUGCAUACUCGUGGGAUCAUCCAUGUGCACACAGGGCAGUGCACAUGAUCCCCCACUCCUCUGUUUUAAAGUGGAAACUUAGCGUUAAACAUGAAGUUUAUUUGUUUAAAAUCUGCUUUACCUGUUGUGUUCUCUGGUUGUCAGCUAAUAAGGACGUUUUAUUUGCUUUAGAGUUGGCCUACAGCGUACACCUCCUUGUUCUUACUAACUGGUGACACACUGAAGGUUGCCUGCUUUAAUUGCCAACAUAACUUCUCUUUUCAAUGUGAACAUUUCUGUUUAUUUAGCCAAUGAAAUCCUUCCGCUUAUCUCCGAAUCUCUUACCACGGAUGCUUGUUUUUAAUGUGAAAAGUGGUCUUCAUAGUGAUGUCGUUUCUGUGAAGUUUUCUAGUGGCUCAGCUGUACAGAGGUGUUGUUUUCUACUCAACGUUGCACAGAUAAUUACGCUGAAGUGGGCCGCACUGGGUGUCUUUGUGCCCCCCCCCCAUUCCCCUUCUCUUCUUUCUUUAUCUCAGACACUCUUUAGGUGUGGCAGCUUUUAAUGUUUGUGUAAAACUAAACCUUGAUAUUGAGGUUCUAAAAGAUCAAUAGUGACAUUCAAUUGUCUACUUUUGUAAUCUAUUUCUUAUUCACCAGAGUCACUGGGUGAAUAUUUUAAAGUAUUAUAGAAAUGGCCUGUUUUUGGUGGCCCUCUCCUUGUCCUAUUUAAAGAAAAACUCCUCCAACACUUCUGGUGAAAAAACUGUGUGUGAAAAGAGAUAAAAUGAGAUGGAGGAUGUUGAAAAAUCUACACCAUCUUGGCAAAUCUCUGCUCUUCAAGGCCACCCGAUUUGUAAAGCAACAUAUACAGUGCCUAUAAAAAGUAUACACUCACGUGGAUGUUUUACCCUUUUAUUGGUUUUCUAAGUCAAUCAUGGUUGAUAU